CUCAUAAUGCGUGUGCUAUAAAUAGGAAAUGUUAACUUCGUCUUGCAAACCGGAAAUUCUCCAAUCAUCUCCCAAUAUGGGUUUAAGAAAAAAGAGAUGGAUUUCAAAAUGAAUCAUUGUGCUAAAGAGGAUGAAUCAAAAUGAUUGUGAUAAAUAAAUAAGUGUAAUACGUAGUGGUAGCAGAGACGAUAAACGAACGUGCAUUUCAGAAAAUAAUAAAAGUCGUUUUCCAAGAAGCAAUCAUUCAUAGUACUUUGUGUUUGGCGAACGCAGCUCUACAACUACCCACCACCUCCUUCCCAUCAUACUUUGGCCUCUUAAUCCAUUCUUUAUCCUCAUUGAUUCAAACCCAUAUCCCCCAAUCAUGGUUGGAUCCCAUGGGCGUUGGCCUUCUCAAUCCGCGUUGGACAAAGUAAGGCAAAAGGUUGUAGAAAUGUCGGGCAGAGAUGGAGAGGAAGUAAGGUUUGCCGUAUCGCCUUAUAGGAUUUGUCCACUAGGAGCUCACAUUGACCAUCAGGGUGGAACUGUUACAGCUAUGACAAUCAACCACGGUAUAUUACUUGGAUUUGUCCCCUCUAGCGAUGCUCAGGUUUAUCUACAGUCUGGACAGUUCAAAGGUGAAGUUAGAGUCAGAGUUGAUGAGGUUGCGCUUCCCAUUCACGUAGCUAAGUCAAAGGGUUUGUGUGUUGCAAAGGAUUUGUAUGAACCACAUAUUGAAGAAGCCAAGUGGGGAGACUACGUCAGAGGUGCUUUGUAUGCAUUACAAAAGAGCGGAAACCAUCUGGCAAAGGGUAUCACCGGUUUUAUAUGUGGUUCUGGAGGUCUUGAUAGUUCCGGUCUGAGUUCUUCAGCAGCAGUCGGUGUAGCAUAUUUGUUGGCUCUAGAAAGUGCAAAUAAUCUCUCCGUGUCUCCUACAGAAAAUAUUGAGUAUGAUAGAAUAAUUGAAAAUGAAUAUUUUGGUCUAGAAAAUGGCAUAUUGGAUCAAUCAGCCAUCUUGCUUUCAAGCCGUGGCUGUUUAACUUGUAUAGAUUGCAAGACCAGAGAGUACAAACAAAUACAACCCCCAACAUCACACGAUCAUCUGAAAACAGAGUUUCAAAGUGCACACAAGAUAAUGUUGGCAUUCUCUGGCCUCAAACAGGCAUUAACAGCGAAUCCAGGAUACAAUCGACGAGUCUCUGAGUGUCGGGAAGCCGCAAAGGUCCUAUUGAAGGCGUCAGGAAGUGAAAUAGCAGAACCUAUCCUGUCCAAUGUCGCACAAAAAGAUUAUGAAGCUCACAAGAAUAAAUUAGAAACGAACUUGGCCAGAAGAGCAGAGCAUUACUUCUCAGAAAAUAACCGAGUUGUCAAAGGAGUUGAGGCAUGGGCUUCUGGAAACAUCGAGGAGUUUGGGAAGCUUAUUACAGAAUCUGGUUUAAGUUCUAUCCAGAACUAUGAGUGCGGUUGUGAACCACUUAUACAACUUUACCACGUCCUGCUGAAGGCUCCCGGUGUAUAUGGAGCAAGGUUCAGCGGUGCAGGGUUCCGAGGGUGCUGUGUUGCCUUGGUGGAAUCCGAACGAGCAGAAGAAGCAGCGGCCUUUGUCAGGAACGAGUACCCCAAGCUCCAAAUGGAUUUGGUGACCCACCUCAAACUGGAAAAUGCAGUCUUAAUAUGCGAUGCUGGUGAUUCUGCUCAAAUUAUCUGAUAAUGAUCCAAGCAGAGCAGCCAGCAGCAGCAUGUACAUGGAGAUCCAAUGUGUGCAGUUUGAGCUCCAUCUUCCUAUUUCGUAAUUCUCUUCCCAAAUGCCAAGAGUAGCAUAGCGCUGUUCUACAAAGCAGCAAAAAUGGUUUCUAGCGUGAAAAGACAUGAGAGUUGUUGGGCACCAAAACUGUGAAGCAUUCUUGUUUAAUUAAUAAUAACCUAAUACUCUCUCCCUGUAUCUUAUUUUGACUGUCUUUUUUACAAAGUACUCAUUAUUGACUUGGUCAGUCUACCUCUUCUUUUCAUCAUGUAUAAUAGAAAUACAGCAGCUCGUCAGUAGUGGCCACAUUCGGACUCCAAGAGUAUCUGAGUGAGAACAUUCACAUGCUUUGUUCCAAGGUUACAACUUUUUGAGGAUUGCCCCGUAGUAUGCUAAUUUUGCUUUUAAGUUAUUCAGUCAUGAAGUCAUGUUUACUUACGACUGAAUUGAAAGCAUGACUUAAUUCCAC